AUGCCUUCAUUUCAAGAUCACGUACCAAUCAUUUAACAAAUAUAUCGUUUCAAACGAGAAGAUAGACAUGUACACACAUACAUAUCAUAAUUGAACGUAUUCUUCAAGAAUUAGCUUCCAAAAAUAUACGAUCAAUAGAUAUAUAACUUUGUAGAAAUUUACAAAGUUAUACAAAGUUGUCAAAAUUUUCGCACAAAAAGAACUUAGUAGAAAUAUUCAACUCUGUUGCACCAGUUUAAAAAUGCCGUUUAUUAUAUGGUUGUUUAAGGUCUAAUCAGGUUUGCAUGCAAAAAAUGCGAAAAGUAACUAGAGUUUGAUACGUGCGCCUUCACACGGAUGAUUUUUAUUUUAAUAUAAUAAACACACGAAAUUCUUUACAACACAAGAUGUAAUGGUUGUACAAACAUGUGUCCGUAUGGAUCUUUGUUAGAUUUGUAAUAUAUAACAUUUAUGAUAAAUCGACGGUUUAUAAUUGUAUGGUUCCGAUUGGUAAGGACUUUCAUUUUAGUCUUUGGCUUUAAAAUUUUGGCUGUAAAAAUUUUGACUUUAAAGGCUGUAGUUGUUAUUUUAAAUACUUUUAAAAGUCUGAGUGGUCUCAAAAGCUUUACAAAAUCUGAUUAUUAUAAAAACAUAUAUUUAUAUCCUGAAUUAUGUACAAAAACUAAUAUGAGAAGAAUAUUCAGAACAAAAAAAAGCUAUUGGCUAAAUGUACUAGUAAAAGAUGUUGCUAGAUUUUUGUAAUGAAUAUUUCAUUCCGUUUACUUUUUUACUUAUUGAAACACAUAAAAUAUAUUGGAUAAAUUAAAACUGGAAAUACUAAAAGUUAUCAGUAAAAGUAUUUAAUUAUUUAUUACCAAAGGAAAAUAAAUAACAAUGAUUUCAUUUAUUAUUAAAAUUUAAUUAUACUACAAUUUAUUAAAAUAAUAUUUGAUUUUUUUUUAACCAUCAAAUAAUGAUUUUCAAUUAUCUAUAUAGUGACUUUAAAUCUUUCACAAAUUAACGUCUAAUAAUAAUAGGUUAUGACUUUUUUUGGUAACAAAGAACUAAUUACUUAAUGAAAAUCGAUUAUCCAAUUAGUUUGUUUGUUAUUUUUUUUUAUUUGCUAGAAAAAAAAUGCAAAUGUGAUCACGUCAGUUUUUAAGAAAAUGGGAAAGAAAAAAAAACGAUUGGUAAAUAUUGUAGCUUUAAUUUGUUUGCUGUAGAAUUAAUGCUGUAGAAUUUUAGCUGUAGACCUUAUUGUUGGAGAUCUUUGACUGUAGAAUUUUAGCUGUAGAUUAUUUUUUUUAAAAUAUGAUUGGUAUAAACUGGCUGUAGAUUAAUAUUUAUAAAUAUAUUAAACAUAAAUAUAUUAAACAUCAUAUUAAUAUAUACAAUUUUUUAUAAUAAUUAUAAUAUUAUUGAACAAAUAAAAAAUAGUAAUCCUAAAAAAUCCCAUAAAGUAGAUUGUUCAUCUUUAAAAAAAAAUUGGUACAACAAUAAAUCAAUAGUUAGGUUUACCCACGAGUAUUCUAUAAAUCUAUUGCAAUUUGGAAGCUGAUUUUGUGUAUCGAAUUUGCCUAUAUGCCCUAAACUAUCUAAUUUUAAAACCAGUGCAUAUUCAAAGUAUUACGAUAGAAAAAUAUAUAUUUCAUACUCAAUUAAUACAACUUUAAUUACUACGACACUUUGAAAAAUGCGAUAGAAUAGGCGAUCUAGGGUUUCACGCUCUUGAUGCCUUCUCACCGAUGGGAUCCAGGAAUUGACGGCGGGGUUGUGUUAGGAAAGAGGAAUCAUAAAGGGCGGAGUAAAGGAAUUUCAUUCAGGGGAUCUUCUUCAAAUCUCCGAUGUUGUGGAUCGGGUACAGGAAAUUGGUUUAAACGGAUUUUUUGGAAAUCAAGGACAUCUGCGAAAUGGAUCUCGAUAUUGGCAAUUAUACCGGUGAAUUCGCAUGAUUACUUAGGGACUGGGGGCUUGGAGUGGUUAACAGGGAAAUGGGUUCUCUGGUUGGUCUCAUUAAACCAACCACAGAAAACAGAGUUGAUCAUAGAAACGGACCUUAAGGGGAAUCACAUUUUGGCUGGAGCUGAUGUAAGGAGGCUUAUCUGGCACGUCGAGGAGUUCGGCGUUUUUUCUAGAAUUGCAUCACUGCUGCUCGUUUUUCUUAAAAAUACAAAUUCAAGGUGCCAAGGAUCUUUGGAAGGGAUAUGUGGCGUGGAAAGGAGAGAGAGCUCACGUUUUUUUAUUCUAGUUUUGUUAGCAAAUGAUCGUGUUGGUGAUAUUGGGUUGAGUAUGUUCAUGUUUUCGGGGUAUUGGAGUUAUAAAGAAGACACUUUCAUUUUUCUUGUGUAUAUGUUACCGUUUUAUAUAGAUUGGGGCAAGGAGAUGGAUGUAUUUUUCAGGGUCUUUGUUGGGAUAUGGGAAUCUUUGGAUUGGAGGGUACGUAACAUAUACGUAAGGAAUGGAAUCUUCUCGCCCAUGUUGAUAGCUCAGAGGGAGGAGUUUUCUUUUCUAUUACAAGUGAAGAAGUUGUCGUGUGUCGGUUUCUUUGUUUUGGUUCCGGCGCGUGUGCUCUCGCUUCUCGUUGACGGCGUAGUGUCGUCUAUGGCUCCGGCUUGUCUCGAGUUGCAGGCUAUUCCUCUUUGUCUUCUCCGGUCACGGCAUUCUGGUUUCUGCACUCUUGAUGAAUCGAUCGCGACGGUUCAGAUUGGACCCGAUUUGUAUUUUGUUCUUGGUAGUGCCGAGUUAGGUUACUCGCUCACUUUAGGAUCUAGAAUUAACUGUCUUAGGAUUUCGCUGGGUUCGUGUCAUGAAGUGUCGUCAGGCUUUGCUGGGUUCGUGCUAAGGAUAGGUGUCGUCGAUCCUUGCUGGGUUCGUGUGGAGAGCUUCGGCUCAAAGCGUCGUCGGGGGAUCAGGGUUCGUACCUUGAAGCGUCGUCGAGAGUCUAGGGUUCGUGCUUAA